UCUUCGCAAACACAGCGGCAAGCUUCUUCGCAGAACCAAGGAUAACAACAAUGGAAGCUCAAGGAAGCCAGAAUCAUCCUCCCCCUCCUCCUCCUUCUUCCACCAAAGUCGAAAGAAAAAUCAUAGAGAAAAACAGAAGAAACCAGAUGAAGAUUCUCUACUCUAAGCUCAAUUCUCUCCUGCCUGACCAUAACCCAAAGGAAAUACUGCCGCUUCCUGAUCAAAUAGAUCAGGCCAUAGAUUACAUAAAGAGUUUGGAGGCGAAGGUGAAGAUGGCUCAAGAGAAGAGAGAAGGCUUGACGGGAAGGAAAAGGCCAUUUGCUGCGAGCAGCUCCAGUAGUGUUAUUGAGACUAAGAAAACUGUGGCAAGAUCACCAGAAAUCGAGAUUCGUGAAGUGGGUUCGUCUCUAGAAAUUGCUCUGAUCACGGGAUUAGAUAACCAGUUCGUUUUCUAUGAGAUCGUUCGUAUACUUCACGAAGAAAACAUAGAGGUUGUGAGUGCUAACUCCUCGCUUGUUGGCGACUCAAUGCACCACGUAGUGCAUGCAGAGAUUGGGCAAUCGUCGUAUCAAUUCGGAGCAACCAAGGUAAGCGAGAGGAUAAAAAGAUUUGUGUACGGGUCAUCAAGUGAUGUGGAAAUAAACCCUGAGUGGUGGGAUUUUGAGAACAUUGCUUCUGAACCCUGGAACUUCUAAUUAACCAGAGGAUAUAUAAUUAAUUAAGAGCUUCAAUAAUCACUGCCCUCUAUGUCCAAUGGAUAUUAAUUAAUGGUGGUGUAAGAUUUCAACUUCUUGCCGCCAAGACGUUAUCCUGAAAUCUAGCUUCGGAUUUUCUCCUGUACAGUUGUACUUUGUAACUCUUCA